CGCCGCGCCGCCGUGUUGAUCAAUUUCAUUUAGUAUCAGUUCGAUCGCGACUGCUUUCAGUGUCGUUUGUUACGUGUUUGUGUGUUGGUGAAGAACAAAAAUAAUCAUGCCUGGCUUGAUCUUCGACAAGUGCUGCGGCUGCAUCGAGCUGAAGACAGGAUGCCUCAUCAUCGGCUAUCUGGAGCUGGUGGGCGAGAUAAUCCUCAGUCUCCUAAUCCUUGUAUACUUACUGGCCGGAGGCGUGGCGAUGAACUCCGACAAGGAGGACAUUAAGGAAGUGGGAAUCGGACUUAUCGUGAUUUCGGUCAUCUUGCUGCUGGCUCUGGCGCUGCUGCUUGCCUUCACCAUCACACUGCUCGUCGGUCUGCAUAAGAAUAAGCGUGGCCACGUGAAGGCGUACCUGAUCUACUCCGCCAUCUUCUUCGUCAUCGCGGUGGUCAUGUUCUUCUCCGGCCUCAGCCAAGGCCCUCCCGUCUCCAACAUCAUCUCCAACAUCAUUGGCUUGGUGCUCCAUCUGUACUUCCUCAUGGUGAUCCGGAGCCACUACCACAAGAUGGACGACGCCACCAAGGGCGCGAUCUACAACACGGCCUAAAUCCAAAGUACCUCAAGCUUGAUCUUUGAUGUUUCUAGGGCAGUCGUUCUAUAGAAAACGUCAAUCGAAACAUUCGUAUGUGUCCAAUGGUCACAUCCUGAUUUAAACCUCGGUCACAGAAUAAAUAAUAGUAUUAGGUACAGAAGAUUCACUCCAACAAAAGGCGUCUGUUACGACAGACACAUCCUGAUUUAAACCUCGGUCACAGAAUAAAUAAUAGUACUAGGUACAGAAGAUUCACUCCAACAAAAGGCGUCUGUUACGACAGACGCAUGCGCGAACAGGCAUCCGUUCCGUAGCGGUUCGCGGCAAUUACUAUGGCUAGACCUCAGAACUGGGGGCGGCCGCGUGUACUUGUAGCGGCGCGACGAAAUCGCGGAGUGAAUCACGCCUGCCUCGGCCGUAUAGAGCAGAAAAAAACGUUCAAAAAUAAAAGGCGGAAAAAAAGAUGAAAAUUCGAUCAGGACCCUUAUCAUACACAGACGAGACUAGCCCCAAUUGUCUUAACGAUCUGUCAUUUCAGCAAGAUUGGUACAAGCGGACGAUUGGGUAGCAAGUCGGCCUAACUGUCUAUAGCAUCUGUGGGAUAUAAAAACGGAGUUUUGAACGCCAAGAGCACCUAAAAGCGUAGUUACUAGUCGUGCCCACAGUGCCAUUGAGUGCUAGCGGUACGCCAAGAAACGCUGCAAAUUGUGUUAAAAGCAUGAAAAUCGGUACGAUUGAUCUUUAGGCCAUUUGAAUCAAUUUGACCCUUAGAACCAAAAAGAAAUAAAAAAUGGAGAGGAGUUAUGUCAUCUUUUUUUUGUAUAGGAAAAAAAAUUGUUCAGAAACCUAAAAAAAUUCUUGAUUCAAAUUGAUUCAAAUGGCAUCUUUAAGCCAUACGAUUUAUACGAUUGAUCUUUAUCAAUCGUACCGAUUUUUACACUUUUAACAUCAUUUGCAGCAUUUUACUGAAUUUCGGGGUGUACCGCUAUUAAGACUAUAUGAACACAGUGUUAUGGCACAGGGCGGACACGCUAUACAUCAAAAAUUAUUUGCGUUUCUAUGUGUGAACGGCACGUCUGUAUACGCGUCAUGCGUCAUAGUGUAAGUAAGUUGCUUAAAAACAGUACUGAGCGGUCGGCAAAAGGUCGUCAAUCUGCUGUUGCGGGGCGAGGUAAUUCGAGUCGGGGCGGGGCGGUGCGUGGCCGUUCUGUAUGAUAAUACUAUUACUUAUUCUGUGGUUAUGGCGUACACUGUUGUUAAAGUAACCUUCACACUUUCAAGAAAGGUUUACAUUAGCUCGCCUUCGCCCGUGAUCUUGGCGUGUAAGUAACGUAAGGCGUUCAAAUUUUGGCGUUUGGCUUUUCGUUCGCACCUUCCUGUCAUUCCGAUGCAUUUUUUUUCGAUUGGCGUUUGUUGACAAACGACCCUUGAUGUUUAUCCCACGUGGCAAAAUAAAUGUUGCUUAUGCCCAUAUAAUUAAGGUAGAUUUAGGAUUAGUUAGUUUUAUUUUCCUAUUUUUUUACAGAAUUCAUUUUGAGUUCGUUUUUGCAUUUUUUAAGGAUAAGUUUUUCUUUUUUUAUUUGUAUCUCAAAACUGAUUAAAAAAUCUAUGCUUUUCAUUCGAAUAUCGUGGUUUUUCUAUUUUUUUUAUUAAAUAUUGGUAUUCUCAUAUUUCAUUAGUCUUUUGAACGCCAAAGACGUCAAUUGACGUACGCGAUGACAGCCCAAUAUCAACCUUCGUGCUUUCCAACAAGGUUCGAUUUGGUACACGACGAAAGGGUUGAAAAUUGACGCAAUUUCUCUUGAAUUAGUUUACUUACGGUGUUAGUGUUGUGUCCGCCUAAGCUUACUAAAUAAACAAUAUUUUGUGACUAAAUUUUUCGAAUUUAAAUUAUAAAUUUUAUUUCAAGAAAUAUGAAUAACGGUAUGUGGUUAUAAGUGCCUGGAAAGAUCUCGAACGGUGCCGAAUAUAUGCAAGGUUUAUGCCUUAGUAAGGUAGGAUCAUAGGUAGAUUGACAAAAUGCGAGUAUUGAGCAUACUGCUGUCGUCGGAAAAUUUCAAAAAUUGCGAAAAUUCCACAUGGAAACAUUAAUUAUGGUAAAUCCUAAAAUUUUUUAAUGGGAAUCGAUAUUUUUCAUUUCCAUAAUGAAAGUUUCCUUUCUUCCCUGUGAAAUUUUUCUAAAAUUUCGCAAAAUUUUUAAAUUUUUUUAAACUUGAUCAUUAUGUUCGUAUCACACAAGAUGUCCUCUUUUAAAACAAAUAAACGGCCUUUAUUCAAAACUGUGUACGUGUAAGGUUAGAAAAUACAAGUGUUUAGAUCUUAGAUGAAUAUAAAUUUAUAAAUGUUUACAAUCUUUUGGAGUAUGUAGAUACAUAGCUUAUAAGUGUCAGAUUCGCCUAAAUGUAUUAAAUGUUAUUGUGUAAUACUAAUAUAACUAUACUUCAGACUGUCCAAAACAUAUACAUUUUCGAUUUAUAUAUAACCUAUUUGAAAAGUUUUACAAACACUAUAAUAUUGUAUUUGAACAUAUUGAAAUUUAAUGUGUGGUUAAAUAUUUACAGCUUUAUUCAAAAUUUGAAUAAAGCUUUGAGUUUCAAAUAUAAUACAUAUAUAUUAAAUUAAUUAAAUUGUUACUACAAUGUAAUUUUGGAGAACAUAGUCAAUUCUAUUUUUAUGUAAUAUGACAUGACUAAAACAAGUACAUACGAAAUGCAUAACAUAUAUUAUUUAUAUUUUUUCUAUAUAUUUAUAGUUUUUGAGGCCGGCCUUUAUAAUACUUGAAACAUUUCUAGAUUCAAUAAUUGUUACUGUGCCAUUUUGAAUUUCUCGUGUAUAUCUACUUAUUACCCACUCUCUACCUUAUAAUACAAAUAGCUGUACCUAAUGUAAGAUAAAACUUCUCUUUUUUCGAAUAAAUGUUUGAAUGAUGAAAA